CGUACGAUGGUAAUAGACUAUCGUAACCUGGGGUUUCAAUGUAAAUAUCUAAUCCUGAAUCGCUCAAUUCCUUGUAAGUAUCGAAAUUUUUCGAGUCACUUACUACUUUGAUGUCCAUCAACUUAAGAAAAACAUCGUUCGUAUACGUGAACGAUACAAAAACUAUGCUGAUGAAAACGAUUCGUUAAGUCACAUUUCGCGGUGUUUCAGCACAGGAACGCUUAGUAGCAUUUCUAUAAUGAAUAUUGGACUCCAGUAUUUUAUGUCAAAUUUCAGAAGACGAAUUGUGAUAAUGAUUAUGGCGUACAUGGUAAGUACCGUAAGUAGAUUAAAAAAUAGGGAAUGUGGCAAAAUAAAAAGAUUGUAAGGUUGAACGGGAACCAAAGCAAUGAAACUAACGAAGUCCACCGGAAAGCUAGUUUCGGUAAUAGAUUGGUUUCCGAAAAUGACGGUGUAUUGAGGAACUGGUAACAAAUUAACUUCGUUUUUAUGCAACAAAUUGUGCAAAACUGCUCUAAAGGUAGUAUUAUUGGUCGCUUUGCACUCGGCAAUAAUUUUUAUGGAAAAGUUGCAAAAGUUUGAUAAAGUAGAAAAGAAUCCGUAAUGCAUUCCAUUUACAUUUCUUAUGGACCCAUCACUAUUUUUGUUUAAAUUUAAAUACGGUGGCAAUUGAAAGACAGGCACUUUCAGAGGAUAUCCAUUCAUGUUUUUUAGUUUAUCAAGAAAAAGUUCAGAACUAUGAUUCCAUUCCGAAAAGUUUCUGAAAAGGAUUGUAGAAAAGUUUUACCAGCUCAACAUCAGAAGACUUGGAAUUUUUAAUUACGUUGAGCAUCGUAAAAUCCAAGAACUGAUUGUUCCAACUUUUGUAUAGGAUCGAAUUCGUGUAACUCUCCGGCAGAGGUUUAUCUGCGGAGACGAUGAGCAAACAUCUCGCUCUUGUUCGUUUAUACGAUGAUUUACUAUAUAAUAUUUUAAAAAACGAUUUGGCAGAUCCUCCUGUUCUUCAUCGCCAUUUUCUACUUGAAUUUCGCUUAGAACGAUAUGUAACUUUUUAUCACUUAUUGUAAAGCGUACGAUACCACUUAAAUAUGCACGUCGAUCUUUAAAUGAUAACAGCUUGCUAUUAAACAUGAUCGCUGGAAUUUUUUGUAGUAAUGUCUUAAUAUCUUCAAAAAAUUUUAAAAAGAAAGGAUGAUACAUGAUCUAUAUUGAAAAAUAUCAUAUACGGAUUAAUUUCCACGAUUUUUUUAAUUACAGAAUCAGACCAUUUCGCCAUACUGAUUUGAUGCAUACAGCAAAUUAUCAAAACCACGAGAAACGAGUGCUUCAUUAUUAUAAGCAAAACUGUUGUAUAGCUAUUUUUACUUAUUAUUAUUAUUAAAAUUUAUAUUGCUUUGUGUUCAGGAAGUGAAAAUAUUUGUACUGUUACCGAGCGGCGAAAAAUAUUUGUUGUACUGGCAGCAUUAUGUAGAAAAGUCUAAAUAUUAAUUCUUUUUCAUUAGCUUAUUAAAUUACCCGUCAUUUACACGAACGAAAGUCAGUUUUAUUGAUUCUAGCAUUUAUGUUGAAAAUAUUUUCUACACCUAAAUCGAAUCGGAUAAUAAUAGUCAUCGAUGCAUGAAAAGUAUUCGUAUCAUUAUUGAUAACGAUAUCGAGAGAUAGAGUUAUCAAUAAGCAUUUAAGCUUCAAAUAUUGAUGAAAUCACACGCAUGAAUUUAGUUUGAUCGUUACUUCUAUAGUCGCAGUCUUUUUCUUUGUUACCGUUGAAAAUUGGCGAUGACCGUUCGUUCCUGCAGAAAUAUAAUUUUGAAUUUUCGCCGCACCUCCCAUUUUUCCCACGUCAUCAAACUUCAAAUGCGCAUGCGCGAUCCCGCCAAACACUAUGAUAUCACUGUCGCAGCGAAGUGCAAAACCAUGUGCGACGGGUGGGGCAACGUAGCUUUAUUGCGGGUUUUUCCCAGCGGCUUUUUAAAAAAACUACGCCAGACUUGCAAUCAUAACCUAAAAGUUCGACGGUUGUAUGUGCGCUUGUGUCCUUACAAAUGGCAAAUACUGAAACUAGUACAAGUCAAAAUUUGAUAAAAAAUGAAAAUAAUAGCGAAAAUAAUACAAAUUUACUCAUUAAACCAACCGAUCAUUUUACGUCGUUAAGAGAUUUCAUGUUUUGUGAACAUUUGAAGGAUGUAAGCAUCAAGGCAGGAGGACGAAUUUUUCGCGUCCACAAAUUGAUUCUUGCAAAUUCCAUCGGUUAUUUCGACGAACUGUUUCGAAGUGCACAAGAUAACGAAUCAGAAGUAGAAGUAGACAUCGAUGAUCCGGAGAUCAUGAAUACUUUUAUUACCUACGCCUACACAGGAGAGAUGAAAGUGAAUGAGAACAACGCGUUCAGCAUUUUAAAAGCUGCCGCGAUCCUUAAAACAAAUCGCGUACACGACUCAUGUAGAGUUUUUUUAAUAGAAUUGAUGCGAAACGAUUUUGAAAACACUACUUUAAAAAAGGAAUAUCUCGAUCUUGACUAUGAAUUUUGGAAAACCGCUAUAUUGAGUCUUCAAGCGGAAGUUAGUACGAAAUUGAUUUUCAAUGCUGCAACGAGAUGGAUUAAUCAUAACUAUGAUCAAAGAAAUACCCAAGUACUAAAUUUACUUAACUUGGUUCCAUUGAGCGACUUGAGUUCCGAUGAUAUAGACGGCUUUUUGUUUCAAGACGAAUAUUCUAUUGGUUUCAAACACAAAGAAAUAGUUUUUGAAGUACAUUCGAGAAGAUUUCAAUUAGUGAAACAGUUAAGCUUAACAAAUCGGAACAGUGCUGAAGCCAACGCACAAUCAGAGAGCUCAACUAAUAAUCUAAACGUCGAAAAUUCAGCAAAUCGAGGAGAACAUUUGGAACACGACGUUGGUUAUCAAUCAUCGGGGGAAUCGUCGCGAGAUAGGGUUCCUCGCAAUACAAUGACAAGAAUUCCAGAAGAAAUUGUCAAUAACUUACAAGGAAAUACAACGACAACAUCUGAUAUUGUGAAAACCGAAUUAUUAAUAAACGACGAUGUGAUUACAGAAAAUAGUUUAGACCAGAAUAGUUCGGAAAAUGAAGCAGACGAGUACUCCAAUAUAGCACCUAUUGCAGAUGACGCCCCUGGUAGUCCUACACUUGGAAUAUCACUUAAUAAUAACUCGAGAAAGAUAUAUGUAUUGAGUUUGGAACAAUCUCGGGUUAUUGAAAUUUAUGAGCCUGAAACAAAUACGUGGUCAUCCAUUCAAAUGGCAGAAAAUGAAAAUAUGCUAAAUUGGUUUAGUUGUACUGGGUACAAGGGUAAAUUGUACAAAUUCGGCGGGUUUAAGGUAAUGAGGAGAAGCGAACUCCACCUUUGGAGUGUUGCAGUUUUCAAGCCCGGUAGAAACGCUUGGAAUGAAUUGCAGCCAAUGAUAAUAAAGCGAAGGGAAAGCGGUGCAGUAUCCUUGAACACAUAUUUGUACGUAUGCGGUGGCUGGACGGGUGAUGAAAUUACUAAUUCAGUUGAAAGAUACUCUGUCAGUCGUAGAGCAUGGGAACUGAUAUCACCGAUGAGAGAACGAAGAUGUGCUCCGGCUGUUGUAGUUUUUGAAGAUUGCAUUUAUGCAAUAGGCGGAGUAGGACGUCGUACCAGAUCGGACGAUGUUUAUUUGGAUACGGUUGAAGUAUACAAUCUCCGAACGCAAGAAUGGACCAUACUCCCGGCAAGAAUGAAAACAAAACGUUCGAGCUGCGCUGCAGCAGUGCUGAAUGGAAAAAUUUACGUUUGUGGAGGAUGGCAUCAUCCAAAUGCUCUGAAUGUCGUUGAGAUGUUUGAUCCAAGACUGAGAACAUGGUCAACCGUCGAGAGUAUGAACAAAGGGAGAAAGCAGUUUUUGGUUGUUGCAUACUUAGGAAAACUUUGGGCCAUCGGAGGAGCUCGCGGUGAAGCUUGGGUCGAGGUAUACGAUCCCAGAGAAAAUCGUUGGUCAUGUAGGGAAAGAAGAGGCGUUAAUACGAAUAUUCACGUGACCGGGAGCCUUUUGUAAUAGAUCUGAAUUCGUAAAAGGUGCAGUGGAACAUUUAUGGGAUUCAUUAUCCUGUAAAUCCUGCACAAAUAACAUCGAAUUCAACUUUAUAAGACUCCAUAAAAAAAUUGAGAAGAAAUCAUUAAUCACUGUAUACGUUCAUCUUAACUAUGCAUUAAUAUUUUCUACUUAGAUUUUAAGAGUUAUACAUUAUUUGGUACGAUGUAAAGUGCUACUAAGCCAGUAUUGAAGCUAAUAGAAUCCUUGUAUUUUUUAUAUGACAGUAGUACUCUUCUACGAAACUAUUAAAGAAUUACAUUUCUCAAA